AUGGGCCAUCAGGGUGAGGCAGACAAUACCUCGACUCAAUCUUUGCGCCCUGCAGACAAGGGAACGCCUUCAUGGCUGUUCAUUCUUGCAUCCUUUGUUGCAGAGGCUGUUCUUUGGGGGUUUCCACUAUCCUACGGCGUCUUCCAAGACUAUUAUUCCAACCACCCCGUCCUCAAGAAUGACCCUAACAUUGCCGUCAUUGGGACUGUCGCCACCAGUGUGUAUUAUCUUGGCGGUCCGUUGGCAACAUCCUUUGUUGCACGGUUCCAGGCGUGGCAGCGACAUAUGAUCAUCAUUGGCUGGCUUGGUUGCUCGAUAUCACUCCUAAUGGCUUCGUUUUCUACUUCAGUGCCGGGCCUGAUUGCGACUCAGGGAUUUCUUUACGGCUUUGCCUUCCUUUUCGUUAACUAUCCCCUUCUUCGUAUGCUUAACGAGUGGUUUAUUGAACGAAGAGGGUUGGCCUACGGUGUUAUGUCUACCGGUGCGGGUUGCAGCGGAAUUGGUUUGCCCUUCCUUCUGGAGUCACUGCUUUCGAAGUAUGGAUACAGGAUCACGCUGCAGGCCAUAGCAGUGACGCAGUUUAUCACCCUUCUUCCCAUGAUACCUCUUCUCAAGGGACGACUGCCUGCUUCAAGACGGGGAGUACUGAAGAAAGGGGACUUCCAGUUUUUCAGAGAGCCCCUGUUUUACUGCUUCGCCUUGACAAACUUCCUCGAAGCACUGGGCUACUAUGUUCCUUCACUCUAUCUACCAACUUAUGCGACAUUCCUAGGCUUGUCGGGAACUGUGGGGGCGCUGAUACUCGCCACCAACAAUCUCGCUACAAUCUUUGGCCAGCUCGCUCUCGGCUACAUCACUGACCGUGUCAACAACGUCUGCAUCCUCGUCUUCGCCUCCUCGUUUGUCGCUGCGGUCGCCAGCUUUACCAUAUGGGGGCGGUUUUCCAUGUCUGUGGAAUAA